AUGCCGCCCCAGAUCAAGCAAGACCUCAACCGGUCAGGAUGGGAGACGACCGACUUUCCCUCCGUCUGCGAAAACUGCCUGCCCGAGAACCCAUACGUCAAGAUGCUCAAGGAAGACUACGGCGCCGAGUGCAAAUUGUGUACGCGACCGUUUACCGUCUUCAGCUGGGCUGCUGAGCGCGCACAGGGCCGCAAGAGACGGACCAAUGUGUGCCUGACGUGCGCUCGCCUCAAGAACUGCUGCCAGAGCUGCAUGCUGGAUCUCAGCUUCGGGCUGCCCAUCAACGUCCGCGAUACCGCACUCAAGAUGAUUGCCCCAGGCCCGACGUCCGACAUCAACCGAGAGUACUUUGCGCAGAACAACGAGAAGCUCAUUGAGGAGGGCAAGGCGGGAACUGAAGAGUACGAGAAGACGGACGAUAAGGCCCGCGAACUUUUGCGACGCCUUGCCAACAGCAAGCCCUACUUUCGCAAGGGCAGAACCGUGGACGAGUCAGAACUGGCCGGUGCCCGAGCUGGCGGGAACCCUGCAGUAGGGGCUGGCGUUGGAGGCCCAGGUCCGAUCCGAACUCGAGACUCGAGAGCUGCAGCCGCUGCAGGCGCGCGGCCUGGCGGUCGAGGGCGAGGCCGGCCGGCAUUCCCCAGCGCAGCACAGCUGCCCCCGAGCCCAAAGGACUGGCUACCACCGGAUGACCCCAACAUCAUGUCUCUUUUCGUCACGGGUGUCGAGGACGACCUGCCCGAGCACAAGAUUCGCGACUUCUUCAAGGUCCACGGCAAGAUCAAGAGCCUGGUGUGCUCCCACAUGUCCCACUGCGCGUUUGUCAACUACGAGACGAGGGAGGCCGCCGAGAAGGCAGCGGCCGCAUGCCAGGGCAGGGCGGUGAUUGCUGGAUGCCCGCUGAGGAUUCGCUGGGGACAGCCAAAGGCCAUUGGAACCAUGGACCGUGAGCAGCGCUAUCAGAUGCUGCAGGAUGCCCGCAUCCGCCAGAACAGGCCGCAGCAGCAGCGGGCCUUGGAAGCGGGCCAGCAGCCAACCGCGGCGACUCGCGCAGUUGCUGCGGCGCCGCCUCCCGGAGCGGAAGACACGCCUAACUAUGCCAGCCUGGCUGGAGAGUAA